AUGGCCAAGGACAAGGAGCGCUCCGUCAACCCAGCCGCCGCUCAGCGCAAACAAGACAAACAAAAAGAGCUGAAGAAAGGCAAAGCCGAAGCGCAAGCCCGACGAAAUGAAAAACUCGCCCGCCGCAACCCAGACCGAAUCCAGCGCCAGAUCGCGGACUUGAAAGGAGUGGAGGAAUCAGGUCAAAAACUUCGACCACGCGAUAAGGAAAUUCUCGAAGCGCUCGAGAAGGAUCUUCGUGGCGUGUUGAAGGCCCGCGAAGCCCUGGGUGAGAAAGCACCUCGAUUCGACCACGGCAGAGGCCAGGGUCAGGGACAAGGUCAGGGUCAGGGUCAGGGUAGAAGGGGCGGCGAGGGAGUGUUGGGGAAGCGGCAACGGGGCUCAGAUGAUACACGGAUGCCCCGCGACAGUGAAAGCAGCGACACAGAUGAGGAUGUGCGACGCAUACCCAUGCCGCGCGAUACGCCACCGCCCCUCCCGCAGAAUCGGAGACAGGGACAGGGACAGUCAGCUGGGCGUGGACCUCAUGCACUACCGGCGCGACCAACACCUGUUGCGGAAGCUAGGACGGUGUAUGAGGCUAAGCCUGAGAUUCGGGAUCUACGACAGGAGGCUACGAGGGGGCAAGGGAAACUGCUUGAGCCGGAAGAGAUGGAUAGACUGGAGAAGGCUGGAUACCAUGCUGGCCCUGAAGCACAGGCUGGGGAACAGUCAUUAGAAGAGGAAGAAGAGCGCUUCAAUAAGGAGCUGAGGUCUGUUCAGAUGGAAGAGGUCGAGGAUGAACAAGCAUGGGCUUAG